CGGAUUAACAUAUCGCUCAAGGUUUAGUAAAUUUAAAUGUAGCGCCAAGUAUUUCAGUAUUUGUUAUCGAUGUUGUAAAUCGUUAGAGAGAUCAUAUUGUAAAGCUAAAUGCGGUCACACGAAAUGGUGAAUUGUAAGCCAGAAUCUCCCGCUCAGAUUUAUUCCGAUUGGAGAGAUCAAAGAGACUGGGAGGCGAGACUGCGAAUAAAACAUCGUCGUUUGUUUAUGCUAUUGUUCUACGCUACAAGACUGGCUUUCUUGUUUCGGUGUUGGCUAAGCAACGUUAAAGGCAACUCCCAGGGGAUCUCUUUCGGUCGGCGUCAUUUCUUUUAUUCGCACUCCUUUAUCGUGCAAUGCCGACUUCACAUUCACCCCGGCGGAGCCCCCGAAUUGGACAGACGGGAGCUCCCGCAACUGCAACUACGACCACCGCGACCACAUCAGCCGGCAGUCCGAAGAAUGUGCCGGGCUUAUCGGGCGGUGAGCUGCAGCGGCCACGGACUCCAAAGCAACCGGGAUUAAUCCCAAGUGGUGCUCCAAAGCCUGAUAGAUCAGGCCAGGAUACGGACACCACAACCGCCAAGUUUGCGGCGCUGAUGGAGAGGAUCGCUACCUUGGAAAGGGAGCUUCAAAAGGCGAGGUCAGGUGAAGGGCAAGAUGCAGCCGCGAGGGAUCCCGUUAGAAACGGAUCAAGCGGUAUAGGAGCGAGCGGUGCGGCGAAUGCGCCGCCAUGUUUGAGCGGAACGCCAGGGCAGAACUUGAGUGGAAAUCUGCCGCCAUUGUUGAGUGGAAAUCUGGCACCGAAUUUGGCUGAGUCAGUGACGCCAUUUUUACAUGAACAGUUGCCGCCAUUAUUGAGUGGAAACCUGCCGCCACAAUCGAGUGGAAAUCUGGCAAUAGGGCAACAAGUCACACUCAGUACAAACAGUACAACGUUAAGCUAUUCCACACCAUGCUGCGUGACGGCUACUGUGCAGCCAGCACUAAGCUACAUGCAAGCUACGCGGGAACCUCUUCGCAACCUGAUGGUACCCCCGCAAUCAACUGGUUCAUACGGAAUAGCUUCGCCGAGCCCGUUAAUUGGAUGGACGCCGCGCAGACUGCCUGAUCUUCCAGAGUUCGAAGGUCAGCCUGAGGAAUGGCCAAUAUUCCAAUGCGCGUUCACGGAGACGACGGCGGCGUAUAAUUGUACUGCGUUGGAGAACAACCAGAGGCUAGUGAAAGCCCUGAAGGGUGAAGCGCGAGCAUCUGUCAAGUCGCUGCUUAUACACCCGAAUAACGUUCAGGCUGUAAUGGAUCAGCUACGUUUCCGAUAUGGACGCCCGGAGCAACUGAUACGUAGCCAACUGGAAAGCGUGCGAGAGGUGCAGCCGAUCCAAGAACACAAUAUAAUAAAGAUCGUGCCGUUUGCAACACGGGUCAGCAAUCUCGCAGCGUUUUUACAGUCAAGCCCGAACGGGGAGCAGCACCUAGGAAAUCCUACAUUGAUGGAAGAGCUGAUCGCCAAGCUACCACUGAGCAAAAGGUUGGAUUGGGCCAGGCACGCCGCCGUAAUAGGGUGCUACCCAACUGUCGCGCACUUGAGCGAAUGGCUAAACGAACUCGCUAAAUUAGUGUGCACUAUUACGAGCAGCGACAGCAAGGAUCCUAAGCGUAGGGUAUUGCACGCCAGCACCAGUCAGAAGGAUCAGGAUCUAUUUGAAGAUCAUCCCAGGAGUUGCCCAAUUUGCGAGGGGCAACACACUAUCAAGGACUGUAAGGAUUUCAACCACGCUACUCCGACUGCCCGUAUGGAGUAUGUAAGAAAGCAUCGGAUUUGUUUCUCGUGCCUGGAGAGCGGUCACAUGUCCAGGUUCUGCAAGAGAAACAGCAAGUGCAACGUCUACGGAUGCCAGAUGGGGCAUCACUACCUCCUGCAUGACGGGGUGGGCAACCCCACACGGCCAUCGCAACCCCACGGUCGACCAUGGCCAAAUGAAAGGAGCGAUCGCGGUCGCAUGGUACAUGCGGGCGCUGACAGGAGGAAGGUGGACAAGCAAGUACAUCAGCCAGAUGAUCUGGCCCAGAGAAGUCCACUUACGGCAUCUGCACAGACGCAGGAUGCAUGGCGCAAGCGGGACGAAGGCCGUCAGCCAAGUGACGGGAAUGGAUUGCCACAUCGGAACCUAAGUUGCGUCGAUCCGGAUGGAGGACACUUACUAUUCCGUAUUUUGCCCGUGACGCUGUACGGGGAGGAUACGCAGCUGGAUACCUACGCGCUGUUCGACGAAGGUUCGUCCGUGACCCUGAUCGACGAGGAGCUCACUCGAAGCCUAAACCUAAAAGGCGAGAGUCGGCAGCUCAACAUUCAAUGGUUCGGUGGCAAGUCAGCGAAAGAGAACACAAAGAUGGUCAGCCUCCAGAUUAGUGAAGCGGGCAGACCGAAACGCCAUGCUUUGAAAAAUGUGUAUGCGGUCUCUAACCUCAAUCUUCCGAUGCAAAGUCUGCGUCGGGAAGAUGUCAAAGCGGCGAAGGCUUCUGCACGCCUGCCGAUGAAACCGUAUCGUAAUGCGGUCCCGAGGAUUUUAAUCGGACUAGACCAUGCGCACCUAGGGAAUACCUAUGCAAAACAGGAGCUUCGGAGCAGGAGGACCCUAUGCAGCCGCCACCAAGCUAGGAUGGGUGGUUUUUGGUCCUGUAAGAAGUCAGAUGAGUUCACCAAUGCAAAGAUCGUGCCUCCUAGCCGUCCCACAGUAUGA